UCGACCGCUAACUACCUGUGACCUGUCGCUCUCAUUCAAGCCAUUGAUCGCUUACGAUCUUCGCAAAAAGCAUUGUGUAACAAGAAGUCCUCGCACCGAUGACAUUAUGGCAGUGAUUCAAUAGGUGUUUUAGUGAUGAGUUCCGCGUGAGUGUUGGGAUUGAUGUGCCGCUGCCGCGAGGUAAACAACCGGUCCAGAUAGGGAGGCUGCGUCUUGCGCCGGGCUCUAGUGGAAUGCGGCAAUUUUAACUACUGCGGACCUCAGGAGUCUUAUAAUACAAAAAGUGGGAUUGCCCGUUUGCUUAUUGAAGGUGAUGCUGAGAGGAUGAGUCGCCGCGCGCGGCCGUGACAUGGGAGCGCAGGUAUGGGCUGGCGCGCCGAGCACACGCCGCACAUCGCCGCCCGCGCUGGCCUGCUCCUGCUGCUGCUAGUCAACCUGCCAGUUACUUGCCACCAAGACCACCAAGAUGCAGUGCAUAUCACGGCGAUACUCGGCGAGAGCGUCGUGUUUAACUGCCAGGUGGACUUCCCUGAAGAAAUUCCCGUGCCGUACGUGUUGCAGUGGGAGAAGAAGGUAGGCGAAACGGGUCAAGAUAUACCGAUAUACAUCUGGUAUGAGAGCUACCCGACGCACAGCGGCGAGGGUUAUGAGGGCAGAGUGUCCCGAGUCGCUCCGGACUCGCCAUAUGGCGCAGCUAGUCUCAACCUCACCAACAUACGAGAAAGUGAUCAGGGUUGGUACGAAUGUAAGGUGGUCUUCCUCAAUCGGUCUCCAAACCAGCACAAGAACGGAACCUGGUUCCACCUGGAUGUCCACGCACCGCCCCGAUUCUCCAUCACUCCGGAAGAGAUCAUAUACGUCAACUUAGGAGAUGCAAUUAUACUGAACUGCCAAGCGGAGGGAACGCCAACUCCCGAGAUCUUGUGGUACAAAGAUGCGAACCCCGUGGAACCUUCGGGAACUGUGGGCAUCUUCAACGACGGCACGGAGCUCAGGAUCAGCAACAUUCGACACGAGGACAUCGGGGACUACACCUGUAUCGCUCGCAACGGAGAGGGACAAGUGUCUCACACCGCGAGGGUUAUCAUUGCUGGCGGUGCAGUUAUAACGAUGCCACCAACGAAUCAAACGAAAUUAGAAGGGGAGAAAGUUCAGUUCUCAUGCGAAGCUAAGGCGUUACCUGGAAACGUUACGGUGAAAUGGUUUCGGGAAGGUGCCCCCGUCGCUGAGGUGGCAGCCCUCGAAACGCGUGUGACCAUCCGGAGAGACGGCGCCCUGGUAAUCAACCCAGUAGCAGCUGACGACUCGGGGCAGUACUUAUGUGAAGUUUCCAACGGCAUUGGUGACCCUCAAAGUGCAUCAGCCUACCUGAAUGUUGAAUAUCCAGCGAAAGUAACAUUCACACCGACGGUGCAGUACCUGCCGUUCCGGUUGGCUGGAGUCGUCCAGUGCUACAUAAAGGCGAAUCCCCCCCUACAAUACGUCACGUGGACAAAGGACAAGCGGUUGUUGGAACCAUAUCAGACAAAGGACAUAGUGAUUAUGAACAACGGCUCCCUACUGUUUACGCGAGUGAAUCAGAAUCACCAGGGACGGUAUACCUGCACGCCAUACAAUGCUCAGGGAACGCAAGGAUCUUCAGGACCCAUGGAAGUACUGGUGCGUAAGCCGCCUGUGUUUACCGUGGAACCGGAACCCUUGUAUCAACGAAAGGUAGGCGAAUCUGUGGAGAUGCAUUGUGAGGCUCAAGAGGCGGAGGGAACCCAGCGACCCAACGUGGUGUGGAGGCGGCGAGAUGGUUUGCCGCUGCAGAAGAGUCGGGUGCGCGCGCUUGGAGGAAACGUCACCAUCGACACGCUGCGGAGGCAGGACUUCGGCAUCUACCAGUGUGUCGCGUCCAAUGAGGUGGCAACCAUCGUGGCGGACACUCAGCUUGUCAUCGAGGGCACACAACCCCACGCGCCCUACAACGUGUCCGGGAUUGCUACUGAGUUUCAGGUAACUCUACGCUGGCAGCCGGGGUACGCGGGCGGGCCGGACUAUAAGCAGGACUACACGAUAUGGUACCGGGAGGCUGGCUUCUCGGAGUGGACCAAAGUACCUGUCACGCCCUCUGGAGCCACUUCUGUUACGAUAAACAGACUUCAACCGGGGACCACAUACGAAUUCCAAGUGAAUAGUAAGAAUACAAUAGGAGAAGGGAUGAUGAGCAAAGCUAUUACUAUUAGAACGCUAGAUGUAGGCGCCAAACCGAAAGCGGCACCCACAGCCCCCGGGCCGGUCGACGAAAAGAUAUUUCAAAUGGCGCCUGAAGGAUCCGGUCCAAAAUCAGGUCCGCCACGCAACUUGACUGUCACAGAGGUCCAUAACGGUUUUCUAAUUACCUGGCAAUCCCCGCUGGAGCGAUCAAACCUCGUUCAGUAUUAUACUAUCAAAUACCGAACGGAUGCACAAUGGAAAACGCUCAACAGGGGACAAAUACGGCCAGAGGAAACUAGCUACCUUGUGAAAAAUUUAGUUGGCGGUAGGACAUACUACUUUCGUGUGUUGGCGAACUCCGCGACAAGUUACGAGAGUUCGGAUGAAGUGAAGUUCUCUGUUCCGGCAAGAGUUAAACACAAAGCCAUAACUGCCGGGGUCGUUGGUGGAAUACUGUUUUUUAUUGUCGCCAUCAUUCUGUCCGUGUGUGCUGUUAAAAUAUGCAAUAAGAGAAAACGACGCAAGCAAGAGAAAGAAAUAAUUCGGUUGCAGCAUACAACAUGGUAACGGCGCGGCUGACCGAUCUCCGAGCAGCAAACAGCACUCAAGUGCCUUUUAAAAAAUUUAGAGAAAGCGGAAUAUCGAGUAUAGUUCAGUGUCUGCGCUUCACGGCCAACUGGAUAUGGCCGCCCGGCCGGUGCGGCGCAGAGACGCGGCCCUGGGGAGUCGUCCGGCGUGUGUCCCCC